AUGUCGCUACUGCUCUCUACUGUUGCUGGGAUUGCGAGGACCCGUGCUGUUGGUGCCUCUGCGCUUUUGACGGGCGGGAUUAGGCCCACGACUGGGGUUGUGACUCUAACGCGGCGUUGGAAGUCCAGGGGGAACACGUACCAGCCAAGCACGCUCAAGAGGAAGCGGAAGUUUGGGUUUCUUGCGCGUGUGCGAGCGUCCUUUAGGUCGAAGGUUCUGAAGAGGCGUAAAGAGAAGGGCAGGUGGUACCUGUCCCACUAG